AUGACGGAGGUCACCUUCGGUCUGCUUAUAUUGGACGUGCUACCAGCCACCAAGACGCCGGAAGACGUGAUACCAGCCACUAAGACGCCGGAAGACGUGAUACCAGCCACCAAGACGCCGAAGGACGUGCUACCAGCCACCAAGACGCCGGAGGACGUGCUACCAGCCACCAAGACGCCGGAGGACGUGCUACCAGCCACCAAGACGCCGGAGGACGUGCUACCAGCCACCAAGACGCCGGAGGACGUGCUACCAGCCACCAAGACGCCGGAAGACGUGCUACCAGCCACCAAGACGCCGAAGGACGUGCUACCAGCCACCAAGACGCCGAAGGACGUGCUACCAGCCACCAAGACGCCGGAAGACGUGCUACCAGCCACCAAGACGCCGAAGGACGUGCUACCAGCCACCAAGACGCCGGAAGACGUGCUAUCAGCCACCAAGACGCCGAAGGACGUGCUACCAGCCACCAAGACGCCGAAGGACGUGCUACCAGCCACCAAGACGCCGAAGGACGUGCUACCAGCCACCAAGACGCCGGAAGACGUGCUAUCAGCCACCAAGACGCCGAAGGACGUGCUACCAGCCACCAAGACGCCGAAGGACGUGCUACCAGCCACCAAGACGCCGAAGGACGUGCUACCAGCCACCAAGACGCCGAAGGACGUGCUACCAGCCACCAAGACGCCGAAGGACGUGCUACCAGCCACCAAGACGCCGGAAGACGUGCUACCAGCCACCAAGACGCCGGAGGACGUGCUACCAGCCACCAAGACGCCGGAGGACGUGCUACCAGCCACCAAGACGGAGGAGGACGUGAUACCAGCCACCAAGACGCCGGAGGACGUGCUACCAGCCACCAAGACGCCGGAGGACGUGCUACCAGCCACCAAGACGCCGGAAGACGUGCUACCAGCCACCAAGACGCCGAAGGACGUGCUACCAGCCACCAAGACGCCGAAGGACGUGCUACCAGCCACCAAGACGCCGGAGGACGUGCUACCAGCCACCAAGACGCCGGAGGACGUGCUACCAGCCACCAAGACGCCGGAGGACGUGCUACCAGCCACCAAGACGGAGGAGGACGUGCUACCAGCCACCAAGACGCCGGAGGACGUGCUACCAGCCACCAAGACGCCGGAGGACGUGCUACCAGCCACCAAGACGCCGAAGGACGUGCUACCAGCCACCAAGACGCCGCCCUUACCUACCCCUCGCUCACAUCUUGGAACUCAUCAGGUAGAACAAACCUGCCUCUUUCCUGGGAGACUUCACAACCAAACACAGAGCCCUAGGUCAUGA